AUGAAGGCGAAUUUAAGCCCCUCCCUCCGGCAGGAAAUCGCCCUAUGCAAUAAGCAAAAGAGCAACAAGCGAUGUCUCCUCAUUUCGCUCAACAGCAAAUUUCAAUUCACGCUGGAAGGCUGCACAGAGCAAAGGGAAAACCCGAGCGACGAUUUGGAAGGCAUAAAAUGCCUAUUAAGUGACGAGCUUGCGUUCCUACUAUACAACGCUGCGGUGUUUACGGCUAGAUGCAAAUGGGUGCUUAUUUUGUGGGCCCCCGACAAAUCAGUAGCAACCGAAUUGGGGAAGCAAAAUGAAUCUGCUCAGAGCAUCGAAGGAGAAAAAAAAUACACCCAAGUGACACAGCUGAAUAGGUUAAUUUAUUGCUCUUUAAAAAAUAACCUUCUGCAUUAUGUGGACGAUGAUAGGGACGUGCCCCUGGAGGAAGUGCACACUUUUGAGCAGCUGGAAAGGUGCAUAAGGGUUAGUCUCGGCAAUGAUACGCUUGGCAACCGCCUAACCGAAGUGAGCACUAAUCAAAUGUGUAGGGGAAGUGCAGUGCCCCAUGCCAGCGUUACGAAUUACCUGCACAGUUAUUACUCUCUAAAUGAGCAAAUGAAACGGUGCUGUGACGGCUUAAAUGACGAAGGUGAUGGCUUGUCUAACCACCUCGAUUUGCUCGCCAAGGAGAGCAACACCUGCGUCGUUUUGCUCACCAUAGAUGUGAGCAGCUCCAAAUUGGAGAGCCGUUUUGAGAGCAUAGAAACAGUCGAGUCGUUUCUCCACCUAACAAAGGAGCUACACAUUUUUUAUGCCCUUUACAAGACGUCCGACACGUUCACCUGCUUCUACCUCUGCCAUGGUGACCGGUCCACCACGAGAGAAAAGUUCGUCUACUCUUUGUUCAAACCACACUUGAUGCAAAUUUUGAAAAAAAAAAAUAUUCACAUUUUUUUGAGUGUCGAAAUGGGGAAGCUUAAACAUCUGGUAGACUUUAUCCGAGGGGACAUUACCACGAAGAGGGAAGUUCCCAUAAAAAAUGCACCACUUGACACGGCUCCCAUAAUGAAGAAGAGCACAAAGGAGUGGACCUUGGUUGGGAAAAAGAACUCCUAUAGCUGUGCAGAGAUCCCUGUGGAGAAGGAGUUACUUCCCAUUGGGGAAAAUCAUUCCGUUAGCAGAAAGGGGAAGACGAAUGAUCAAUCGGGGGAUGGCCCAAAGGUGCAUAAGAAGGCCUCGUUUACAUCUAGGGCAAAUAAAUUGCUAACCCUAAAGGGGGAGACUAAGCACAACACCCCACAGAUAGAGCAACCCAAUUCGGGAAAAACAAAUAAAGUAGCACAUGCACCUUUAGGGAAAGGAAAACAAACGAGUACCUCCACAUCUAACGGCGAAAAUAUCGGACCAAAGUUACUCAAAAAAUGGCCCCUAUCAAAAUCGCACCAUUUGAAAAAAAAAACCUCCUUCACAAAUGACGGGGAGAAAACAUUCACGGUGAGAAAAAAAAGAGAACCCUCCCCUGAAAUCGUUCAUACCAAAUCGUUGACCCUCCACAAGGGGUCGUCCACCUCCGUUGAGUUAAAAAAAUCGCCCUCCUUGGCUAAACAAAAAUCGCUGCAACUGGACAAGAGAAAGACCCUAACCAGAAGGCUCAAAGGGAGAAGCGGUGCUUCAGAAAAGUGA